CCGGUCGCAGCUGCGUCACGCGAGCGCGAAUGACACGCUGAAGGAGCGCACGCACGGACGCGCGCACGAGUGAAGAAAGAGCGAAAAAACCAACGGUUACUACAUCGCUGCCGAACCCGCAUCAACAUACAUGACAUUGUCUGUACGUUCCUAACAGUAUCUUAGAGAAGAUUUUCCACAGACAAACAGAGACGGUAUAAGCCAAAAUAUCAGGGAUGGAUGUGAAAGACCAAGGAGCGCAGAUGGAGCCGCUGCUUCCUGCGGUUCAGAGUCCUGCUAGUGAUAACGGGAGAAACGAUGAGGAAGCCGUGCUGGACAGGGGAGGGACUCGGUCCAUGCUCAACACGAAUUUUGAAAAAGAGGAGUUGGAAGGCCACCGUACCCUCUACAUUGGGGUGCAUGUACCUCUGGGUCGGAGGUCACACAGACGGCAUCGUCACCAUGGACACCGCCACAGGAAGAGGUCACGGGAGAGAGACUCUGGAACUGAGGAUGGGAGAGAAUCGCCUUCAUACACAGACACACCGUCUCAGCGCGUACAGUUCCUGCUGGGAAUGGAGGAUGACGAGGAACACAUUCCUCACGCUCUCUUCACCGAGCUGGAUGAAAUCUGCCUGAAAGAGGGAGAGGAUGCGGAAUGGAAAGAGACGGCCAGAUGGCUGAAGUUUGAGGAAGAUGUCGAGGAUGGAGGAGAGAGAUGGAGUAAGCCAUAUGUGGCUACUCUUUCCCUUCACAGUCUGUUUGAGCUGCGGAGCUGCAUCCUCAACGGCACCGUCAUGCUGGACAUGAGGGCCAACUCACUGGAGGAGAUCGCAGAUAUGGUUUUGGACCAGCACGAGAUCUCAGGUUCUUUGGGAGAGGAGGUGAGGAAGAAGAUCCGAAAUGCUCUCCUUAAACAGCACCACCAUCAGAACCAGAAGAAACUGGCAAACCGGAUCCCCAUCGUACGCUCUUUCGCAGAUAUCGGCAGGAAGCAGUCCGAACCACACUCCAUGGAUAAGAAUGUUGUCAUCACGACCCGUCUGUCCCCCAGACCCCUCUCCUCUCUCUGGUCUAGGUUCAGCCACAGUGUGAGAAACAGACAGGUGCUCUUAUGUCCAGCCUGGUCCCUCCGCUGUCCCAAGUGUCUCUCAGCUCUUCAUAAACCCCACACAUCCCCUUCCACCCCUCCUGCUCCAGCUGCCCCCCUCAUCCGACCCAAAAAACCCCAUAUCCCCUUCAGCAAACGACUAAGCCCGCCUUACGGCUACCACAUCAUCCCUACCCUCGAUCCCGAAGAAGAGCCACCAUCAGGUCAGAUGGUGUCUCCUCAGGCUCAGCCCACUACUACAGAAGGACGUGCGGAUGGCAGUCGUGAGAACAGUGCUGUUGACUUCAGCAAAAUAGACCUCCACUUCAUGAAGAAGAUCCCACCAGGAGCUGAGGCAUCCAACAUCUUGGUAGGUGAGCUGGAGUUUCUAGAGAAACCUGUGGUGGCCUUCAUCCGUUUGUCCCCUGCUGUGUUGCUCAACGGCCUGGCAGAGGUCCCCAUCACCACCAGAUUUCUCUUUAUUCUGCUGGGGCCAAUGGGGAAGGGGCCUCAGUACCAUGAGAUUGGCCGCUCUAUUGCCACGCUCAUGACAGAUGAGGUGUUCCAUGACGUGGCUUAUAAGGCAAAGGAUCGUUCUGACCUUGUGGCAGGAAUCGAUGAGUUUUUGGAUCAGGUCACUGUGCUGCCCCCAGGCGAGUGGGAUCCCACCAUCAGAAUAGAGCCACCCAAAAAUGUGCCCUCACAGGAGAAACGGAAGGUUCCUCCUUUGGCCAGUGGAGGGGCUGAUCUGGGGGAGGCUGAGGAGCAUGGAGGCCACGGAGGACCAGAGCUACAGCGCACAGGGAAGUUUUUUGGUGGGUUUAUUCUGGACAUCAAGCGUAAGGCUCCUCACUACCUAUCAGACUACACAGAUGCCCUUAGUCUGCAGUGUCUCGCCUCCUUCCUUUUCCUGUACUGCGCCUGCAUGUCUCCUGUUAUCACCUUCGGAGGUCUCCUGGGAGAAGCUACAGAAGGACGCAUAAGUGCAAUAGAGUCUCUAUUUGGGGCUUCUAUGACGGGUAUAGCGUAUUCUUUGUUUGCUGGGCAGCCUCUUACUAUCCUGGGCAGCACAGGGCCUGUCUUGGUCUUUGAGAAAAUCCUCUUCAAAUUCUGCAAAGAGUACGGUUUGUCCUACCUCUCCUUACGUGUGUGCAUCGGUCUGUGGACGGCCUUUUUCUGUCUUCUGCUGGUUGCCACAGACGCCAGCUCACUGGUGUGUUACAUCACACGAUUCACAGAGGAAGCCUUCGCUUCCCUCAUCUGCAUCAUCUUCAUCUAUGAAGCUCUGGAGAAACUCAUUCAUCUGGGCGAGACGUACCCUUUCAACAUGCACAAUGACCUCAACCAGCUCACUCAGUACUCGUGUGUGUGCACAAUGCCUAAAGAACCCAGCAACGCCACACUGAAUUACUGGCAGGAAAAAAACAUCACUGCGUCUGAGAUUGACUGGUUAGGCCUAGAUGUAAAGGGCUGUGUGGAGAACAGGGGUGAGUUUGUUGGCAAAGCCUGUGGCCAUCACGGUCCAUACAUCCCUGACGUCCUCUUCUGGUCUGUCGUUCUCUUCUUCUCCACGGUUGCCAUGUCCUCCUUCCUUAAGGAGUUCAAAACCAGCCGUUACUUCCCCACCAAGGUGAGAGCAAUUAUCAGUGAUUUUGCUGUUUUCAUCACCAUCAUGACUAUGGUUCUGAUCGACUAUGGUCUGGGGGUCCCUUCCCCCAAACUACAGGUUCCUAAUGAGUUCAAACCAACCAGAGAUGACCGUGGCUGGUUCAUCAGCCCAAUAGGACCAAACCCAUGGUGGACUAUUAUUGUGACCUUCAUCCCAGCUCUGCUGUGCACCAUCCUCAUCUUCAUGGACCAACAAAUCACUGCCGUUAUUAUUAACAGAAAGGAGCACAAGCUGAAGAAAGGCUGUGGCUAUCAUCUGGACCUGUUUGUGGUGGGUGUGAUGCUGGGCGUGUGCUCUCUGAUGGGCCUGCCGUGGUUCGUGGCUGCGACGGUGCUAUCAAUCUCCCACGUGAACAGCCUGAAGCUGGAGUCCGAAUGCUCAGCACCUGGUGAACAGCCCAAGUUCUUGGGCAUCAGAGAGCAGCGCUUCACCGGCCUCAUGAUAUUCGUCCUCAUGGGCAGCUCAGUGUUUAUGACCUCCGUACUCAAGCAUAUCCCAAUGCCAGUGUUAUAUGGAGUUUUCCUCUAUAUGGGAGCGUCGUCUCUCAGGGGCAUACAGUUCUUUGAUCGUCUGAAGCUGUUUGGGAUGCCGGCUAAACACCAGCCUGAUUUUAUCUACCUGAGACACGUCCCACUGAGAAAAGUUCACCUGUUCACCAUCAUCCAGCUCAGCUGCUUGGUGCUUCUCUGGGUCAUCAAAACCUCCAGAGCUGCCAUAGUCUUUCCUAUGAUGGUCUUAGCCCUUGUGUUCAUCCGUAAGCUGUUGGAUUUUGUCUUCUCUAAGCGAGAUCUCAGCUGGCUUGAUGACCUCAUGCCCGAGAGCAAGAAGAAAAAAAUGGAGGAUGCACAACAAGAGGAGAAUCAGUGUGUCUUGAUGGAGGAUGAAGGAAUUGUACAAGUGCCCUUAGAGGGGCAUUGUAAGGACGAUCCAUCCACAGUCAACAUUUCAGACGAAAUGACAAAGACGUCUUUUGGAAAUAUCUGGAAAGGCCUCAACACUGACAGCACCAACAAAGAUCAAAGCUCAAAAAGCUCAACGGUUGAAGUUGCCAUUGGACAUAAAAGAGCUGAUGAAGAGAAGGAGACAGAUUUGGAUAGAGAGACGAGUUUGUGAGUUGACGUAUUUCAAAACACUCUGUAUCGUGCCACACUACAAGCACCACUAAAUGCUUCUGUUCUGUAGGUCUGUGUGUGCCAGUCUGUGCUGAGGCACCUUGUUGUAUUUACAUGAUUUUUUUUUUUAAAUAUAUGUGUGUGUGUGGAGAUGUUUGUUUGGAGCAUCUGAAUAUGUGCGUCUGAAUUUGUCACCCACAAGGAGGAUUGUUGGGUUGUGUGUUUUCCAGUCCAACUGUAGUCAAAUUGUAGUUUCACACCUAUAGAAAUGAAACAAAAUUAAGGUUACUUUUGUUUUCAACCAGUUAGAGUGUAUUUUGUAUGUUUUAUAUUUUUUUGAAAGUAGAUCCUAUUGAAAUUCCUUGUCUUAUAGCCUCAGUGUUGUUUAUUAUAUAAAACUCAUUCUUUUUUUAUUAUGCAUAAAUGAUAAAUAUUCAUUUGCUGGCAUAGUUCAAAUAUCAUAAUAGUAAGAAGCAAUUUCUGACAGAAGAUGCAAAUGUAGUUCUAUCAGCUUUUUUCAGUGUCUGUGUCAAAAUGUUCUCCACAUCACUUCGUAUAAUACUUGAUGUUAACAUUUACUACUUACGAACAGUGACCAAUAUUUUUAAAUGAACUUUUAUGAACAGUUUUCUCAUUUUGUGAAUUUUACGGCAAGAUUUCCCUAAAAACAUAAGAGCCAGGAGUGCUCAUUUUAGCCUGAACUUUUUCAUAUGAAACACGUCCAUAUUCAAAAAUUCACUUGUUGAUCUGGACUGUUUGUUUGUUUUUGUUUUUUUUUGUUUUUUUGCGUUUUGAAAAUGAUUAUUACAAAGCUUUAUCUCAUUUUGUGUAGCACUCGACCAUGCAAAUAAUAGUAAACGUAUAUUUUGUUAAAACGUUGCAAAUAAUAUAACUGUAUAGUGCUGUUUUCACAAUGUUUCCGAGUGGCAGGGCAUCUGUCUCCUCUACAAGACUCAUUUCCAAGCCGAGACGAGACCUCAUCGCUCAAACGAACGAAUUCUACUAGUACUGCCGAUAAUACAAAAAUCAUACAAGAAAUGCAAUAAUAUUCCUUUUCAUAAGAGGGGCAUUAUACCAUGCACUUACCAGAGACAAAUCUAACAUUCAUCGUCAACACAUGUACAUGUGAUUCUGUAUUUUGUCUAUGUGUAUAAUCUUAAAUAACAAAGUUAUUUAAUAUGUGGAUAGAUUUAAAUAUGUAUAGACUGGGGCGGGGAGGGGGGAAUGAAUGUUUUCAUGUUACUGUCAGUGUUAUUACAGUGUUUUACCAUUUUCCAGGUUUGUUGACAAAAUUACAACACGCACAUCUAUGUCAUGCACAUGUCGGCAGCAUAAAGUUCUGCUGAUUUCACUGUAAAAUAAGCAUUUCUUCCUGAAAACAACCUCUGUUGUUUAUUAAAUUAUUCAUUCAGAAGAACAUGUAUCGUUACAACUGUGAGCAAUUUUCAUCCGAAUAAAUGUGACUGCAACUAA